AUGACCGCCGAGGGGCCCAUGUCGGUCCCUAGCUCGUUCUGCUACGAGAAUGAGCGGAAUGUGGUGCGCGAGCGCCACGGCAGUGUGCUUUCGCGUGGUCUCGUGCUGAAAGUGGACCAGCGCCCCAAUCCCAAAGAUGGCGUCGCACCCGGCCUCCGCUUGCAAGGCGCGCCGUGUUUUCGGGCGGCGGAUCACGCGCUCGGCGUGUACGGUCUCGCGCAGCCGACGAUCCUCGGUGUGCAGACGGUGCUCACACUGCUGCAGUGCCAGCCAGACGCGUCCGAGUCCGAGGAUGCGAUGCGCUGUAUCUGGGUAUGCACUCGGGAAGAGCCGGUGAUCUAUGUCGGCGAUCGCCCGUUUGUCUUGCGCGAGGCGCACAAGCCGAUCGACUCGCUGAGUCUUAGCGACCGCGCAGAGAACCUCGAGGCGAUUGAAAAGCGUCUUAAGCAGGAUAUCCUGGACGAGGCGAGCCGCUGCAACGGCCUGCUGCUCGUGCACGAGGAGCAAAUCGGGAGCCCCGAGCUCAUUCCGACGUGGGUCGCCGUGCAGAAAGACGACGUGCGCACCGUGCGCGAGGUGUGGAAGCGUAUCCAGGACGACGGGUGGCGCGUGCAGUACCGCCGCCUGCCGAUCGCACGCGACCAGCCGCUGGAGCACAACUAUCUCGACGCCUAUACGCAGGUGAUCAAGGAGGUGGACCCGCGGCGGACGUGCUUUGUCGCUAACUGCGGUGCGGGUGUCUCGCGCACGACCUUUGCGAUGAUUGCGGCGGUGAUUGUGCGCCGCCGCCAGCUGAUGCUGCUGACGCAGCAGGAUCCGUUCGACGAGUCGCCGGAGCGCCCGUCGCCAUCCAGCACGCCGUCGGGCACGCCGAGCGAGGCAAGCGCCAAGAACGAAAAGGCGCCGCACGGGCGUCUUGCCCACUCGCUGCGCCGUAUGCACGAUAGCAUGGCACAGAACCAGUCGCUCUUGCGGCUCGUCAACGUGCUCACCGUGAGCCUGUCGAUGCGCGACACGCGCACCGCCAUUGCGCAGCUUGUCGCCCAGCCGGUGCUUUUGGAAUCGCUGCGCCAGGCGAAUAUGGGUGACUAUUCCAUCAUUUUGCAGCUGUGUGGCCUCCUGGACAAUGGGCGCGAGUGCAAGUCGACGGUUGAUAUGGCGAUCGACGCGUGCCAGGACAUGAUAAAUAUCCGUGAGUCGAUCCUCGAAAACCGCGUGUGCUACUCGACGGUCGCAAUGGACGAGCACCAGGCGCAAGCACUGCUGAAGCGCGCAGGCAAGUCGCUCGAAGUGUACUAUUUCCUGAUCGCGUUUGCGUCCUAUGUGCAAGAGAGCCGCACCGCCGUCUUCCAGCACAGCUUUGUCGACUGGCUCAAGCAGCACGCCGAAAUCUGGCGGGGGAUUCAGCGCAUUCGAACGCUGCACCAGCACCUGUCGCUCUUUGAGCCCGUGUCUGAUUUGUCGCUGAUCAGCAGCGGAGGGGCGGGGCGCCUCGCUCCGCCUUCCGCCGCAGUCUCGGCGCGUUUUGGCGAGGUUGCGGGGCAGGGUGCACAGGUCACUGGCGACGAGUUCUCCGAGUUUGUCGUGCACAACCGCUCCGGCACCGUGCUCCACUCGGGCCUCUUGCUCAAACGCGACGUCUGGCGCGAGUUUGUUGAGCUGGGGCCGGACACGGCGGUCGGCGGCGCGAUCAACUUCCGCCGCGUGCCCGAAACCAACGUUUUUGGCACGGGCCAGCCGUCAGUGCAGGGCAUUCACCGCCUCCUCGACACGGUCCUGCAGCAGAUGCCGUCGCCGACGAGCACUGCGCCGCAGGUAGUGACUUGGAUCAACCUGCGUGAGGAGCCACUGGUGUACGUGAGCGGACGGCCGUACUGCCUGCGCCAGCGCGAGCUGUCGCUACGCAACAUCAAGGACUAUAGCGGCAUCACCCCCGACCGCCUCAUGCAGCUCGAGGACCGCCUGCGCAAAGACGUCAUUGCCGAGCUCGACAACAGCGAUGGAAAACUCCUGCUCCACGCCGAGACCGAGGACGGAACGGUGGUGCCGCUCUGGGAGGAUGCCAAGCCCGACGAGAUUGCCACGGUCCAGAACGUGAUGGACGACGUGGCCGACUCGCUCCCCGGCAACAUCCAGCUCGUCUUCCGCCGCGUACCGAUCACGGCCGAAAAGUCGCUGGACGUCUCCGACGUAAUGGACCUGCUGAGCACGGUGCUGGCGCUGUACCAGGACGCGUCGCCGAUCAUUGUCAACUGCCAGCUUGGCCGGGGCCGCACAACGCUCGUUUCUGUCUUUAUUCUGCUCAUCGAGCGCUGGAUCCAGAUCGUGCGCCCCGAGAGCAACCGGCGCCUGCUGCUCCCAGUGCCAGACUCGGCGCCGAACGGCGAGGAGCCGCAGCAGCGCCAGUCAUACCACGUCACCAACAGUCUUUUGCGUGUCAUUCCCCACGGCCAAGAGGUGAAGCGCGUCGUGGACGACUGCAUCGACCAGUGCAGCUCGAUCAUCAACCUGCGCCGCACUAUUGAAGACGCGCGUGUCGCGGCCCAAGAAGCGUCGAGCGACGAGGAGAAGCUGCAGCACAUUGCCGACGGUGUGCAGGGCCUGCGCCGCUACUUCCACUUGCUCCUCUUCCAAGCCUACCUCAACUCGGUGAACCCCGAGACGAUGGUCAAGCAGACCUUUGAGCGCUUCCUCAAGCGGCAGCCUGUGCUGGCCACCAUCAGCAAGGACCUCGACAAGGUGGACAUGACGACCAUCACGCCGCUGCGCAAGAUGGAUGUCGGCGACGGCAUGGCGCUCAGCGACGAGGUCGAAGAGGUCGUGCAAAACCGCAGCGGCAACGUGCUCAGCGCACAGACCAUGCUCAAGUCGGACUUUUUCAGCGGGAUUCUCAAGGCGGGUCUGCCGCUGCGUGUGGAAGGCAUGCCGAACCUACGGGGCGUCUGCCCGUUAGUGCACCUCGGCGCCGCCACCUCGCCGCUGGGCCCCAGCGAUGUGCCGACCGCGCGCGAGACGUGGGGCUGCGGCAUGCCGACCGUCGACGGUCUGCGCCGCGGUCUCACGCGCAUGGGCGCCGGCGCCGGCGACGAGGCGAGCGUUGUCUGGACAAACCUGCGCGAGGAGCCGGUGCUCUACGUCAACGGCCGCCCUCACGUCCUGCGUCUCGCCGACCAGCCGCUGACCAACGUCGAGGCGACGGGUGUCACGACCGAUGUCGUGGAGCGCAUCGAGCGCUCGCUCAAGCGCGAGCUAAUCGAGGAGGCGCACCAGCGCAAUGGCCGUGUCCUGCUCCACGAUGAGGUCAAGACCGAGGAAGGUGACUUUGAGAUUAUUCCCCUCUGGGAGACGGUACGCGACGAAGACGUGCUUACCCCCCGCGAGGUCUACGAUCUCGUGCGCCGCGAAGGCUUCCGCGUCGAGUAUGCACGCGUCGCCAUCACCGACGAGCAAGCGCCUGUCCCCCAGGUCUUUUCGCAGCUCGAGGACCGCGUGCAGCACGCGAUCGAUACGCGUGCGAUGACCGUCUUCAACUGCCAGAUGGGCCGUGGUCGUACGACGAGCGGCAUGAUCAUUGCGGCGCUGAUUGUGAGCAUCAACCAGUACGGCCAUGAGUUGCUUACAAGCGAGGUGCAGCUGCGCUUUGCGCAGGGCGACUCGGCGCCGGAUAAUGCACGCGAGCUGCGUGAAGACGAGCUGCUGAUGCAAGGCGAGUACCGCUGCAUCCUACAGCUCGUCGGCGUGCUCAGCAACGGCAAGAUCGCCAAGUCGCUCACGGACCGCGUCAUCGACCGCAUGGAGACCAUCCAGAACCUGCGCAAAGCCAUCAGCCUCAUCAAGCUGCGCGCGGACAGUGCGGAGCCCAACUCGCCCAAGCAGCAGCAGCUGCAAGUCGCAUUUCACAAUUAUCUGGGACGCUAUGGAUACCUUAUUGCUUUUGCGAGCUACCUGCUCGACAAGCUCAACGCACGCAGCAAGAACCUGCACGACGACGACGACGGCGCGUCGAGCGGUGCGCGCACACCGCGCCACCGCCACUCGCUCUCGUCCGCAGAUGCAGACCUCUCCAUGUCAUGGAUCAGCGACCGUGGAGACCGCACGUAUCCCACCUUCCGCGAAUGGCUCGAAAAGCGCCGCGAGAUCGGCGCCAUUCUCGAGCGCCAGAUCCUCGAAUAG